UCUGGCAAUCCAGCUCCGCCAUCGCCAACGGUUUUUUUGGUUUCGAUCAUUGUUUGGCCGCGCUAGCGAAUCUCGCCGUGACCACGCCGAUACCGUUCCGCCCUUUCGCCGCCUUACCUGUCUGACUUGACAGAUCGCUUCUGUGAUCGGAGCCUGAUCCUACCAAAGCAAUCGCAUCAGCGGCAAUCUCAUCUACUCGCCUAUUGAUGCUCGCGACACUCCCUUCCAGAUCGUCGACCACCUCCUCACCUUUCUCCCGCACAUCAUCUAAAUCUCACCCGAGCGACGACGCAAAUUCAACCAUUACGAGCUCCUUUCUCCCCCUCAAUCGUCGACACCAGCGGCCAGCAACAUCUUUUGACCGUUCGGGAUCGAGGAUGAGCACCGACCCCGGUGUCGGGCAUGCUACCUCGCCCGAAGUGACGGCGAUCGGUGAGAAGGAAGCCGAACCACCGGCAGGGAGACUGUCGUGGCUUCGCGAGGAAAGGAAGCCCCAAUCCGAUCAGCGCACCUCUCCAUCAGCAUCUAGUUCGAGGAGCGGUGCGGGGCAGAUCAAUGACGACGAAAUUACCAGCAGCAGCGUUUUGACGCCACCUUUGAAGGAGGUGACGAGGAGCAAGGAGGCGAUCAAGCUACCUCCCAUUCGGUCGCUUGAUCAAGCCACAACCCUUCCCUCAUCGUCAUCGUCGACAUCAUCUGCUUCGUCUAUCGCCGCCACUUCUAACAAUGAUGGCAGACGAACUGCAGCAGAAGGUCAAAGGGUUUCUCCCAACCCACCGCCGCGCCUCAAUUGGAACAAAUCACCGGCAACAGCAAUGACAGGCCAUUCGCCAUCCACGCUCCAUGGAAGGAGCAUGUUCACAGCUUUCCCAGGAGCAAAGGGAACCGGGCCAGUCACGUCGCCAUCACUCGACUCGCGCGGACCACCUUCAAGGCCAUACCAGUCGUCGUUGUAUGCAAAAUCAGCCACAGUGCCCUUGUCUGAUCGUUGGUGCGGAGACGGGGAUAGAAUUCGCUCAACGCAAGCUCCCCUCAUCGACAAGUCGUCGUGGGAACACUAUCGCCCUAAAUUCAAGGGCGAAGAUGAAGGCGAUCAUGGGAGAGAAGGAGACAGAACUGAGUUGCGCGCAGCUGGGGAAGAGAAGUUUCGGCGCUCGACCUCCAAAGAUUCCACGCCCUUCAACGACAAUGAGCGCACCUUUCACAGCCCAAGCACCAACGCUCGGCCCGAGACGCCGACACGGGCAAUGCCGAAGAAUCGAAAGGACUACCGCAGCGAGAUGCUCGACAGGAUUCAAAGAGCAGCUAUGGAUCUAGCAAGCUUCGCAGAAGAUGCCCAUCAGCGACACGGCGACAUUCUAGCUGGAGAGGUUCAAGAGCUCGACUACCUCACUGGCAGGAUCCACGAUCAUGUUCAGGAGUUCGCUGCCGAUUUUGAAGCUGCAGAAUCAGGUCCAUUGAGAAUCCUUAGCAAGCCACUCGGCGUGAGCCAAAAGGUUCCAAUGAUGGACGAGAUGCCCUCCUCCCCCCAGGACGACAGACGGCUCAUGACAAACAAGGCGCCACCCAAGGGAAGCAUCUGGGCCGCUGCAGAAACUGCAAUGCCAAGACCAGACGACGACUAUAAGCAGGUGGCCAAACCUUCAUCGAAGAAGAGGUGGAUGGAGGAAGACCACAGUAAUGUCCUUACCCCAGACGGCAUGAGGAAGCGUCAACGCUCACCGUCGGAGAGUCAUCGUCCGAAUUCGUGGGCGUCAAUGUCGAAGCAGAGGGGCCCUGAUGGGGUCGGAUCACAUUCUCGCUCCCCUCCUCACUAUCACUACGGCAAACAACAAGGUUCUCACUACGAUGUGCACGGCGCUCUGCCGCCACCUCCCGCCCUCUCUGCCGUUCAGCCUCAUUCACAUCGACCACAAUUCCCAUCGUCGACUUCAUCCUCGUCUUCAUCACUCUAUCAACAGCAGAGGCCUUUGACUUCCUACUACUAUCCUCGGGCCGAGACAGAGCACAUGCACGGCGAGGUCGGCUGCGAAGGCUCUUCAGUGCCGCACUAUGCGUCUGCCAAUCCAGGAGGCCACGACGGCGCGGCAAGCAGCAAUAGCAAUAGCAACAUGGCAGGGGCAGCAGGAAGGGCAGGCAAAUAUCGCAAGCGGUCACGGGCGCCGGCACCUGGUUGCUGCGCUGCCUGCGGCGCCACCGACACGCCUGAAUGGCGAAGGGGCCCUGAUGGAGCACGGACAGUGUGUAAUGCGUGUGGCCUCCACUAUUCGAAGCUCGUCAAACGAGAGAAGCUUCAGGGUGGACCACCGAUCACAAUCGAGGUACUCAGGUCCAGUGUCGCGCUCCCUGGCGGCGGUCUCGAAAUCGACGAGCAACAUCCACAGCAGCAACGCUCUGGAGAGGCUACCCAAGGCUCCUCUACGACGAGGCCAGGACACAGUAUAUCAAUGAGCGAGCAUGACAAUCGCUCGGUACCGCCCGGAUACGGCCAUGCACACGGUGCAGAUGCACGGCACGGACAUUGGGACCCUUUGCCGCAUUCAUCCUACCAGCGCCAAGGUCCACAAUAUCAUCAUCAGCCUUUGCAUCAGCAAAAGCAGUCUCACCAUUAUCAACACCCACACCAAUCUCACCUUUCAUCCCAUCAUCUCCCGCCACCUCAUGCGCACCGUGAGCAUGAGGACGAACACGAUGGAAGAAGACGAGCCAGUGUAGCCGGUCUCAUUGGUUCCAGCUCAUCCAACAAGCACACGGAUUCCCCGCCGGACGGGCUGGAGAAGCCACGGGGCUCCACGAGCCAUGGCAUCGCAGCGCCCAGAAGCGUCGUGUCUGCGGCUGACUUUGUCGCGUCUCGCCAGAGUCAGAGCAACAAACCCUGACCCGAGCCGAUUCGCUCGUAACACAGGAGUCUCUUCUUAGGCUCAACAGUCUCUCACCCUCUUUGCGCCCUUACUUACUCGUCAGCAACCACCUAAUCUUAUAUUUGACUAGCAAAACCCUAAUCGAUCACCCACCACGCAUCGAGGCUACAUGUUGUACUUC